ACCUAUGAUUAUGAACAGCUGAUUAGCGUAGCGUCAUAAAAUAUCAGCUGUGUUAUCUAUUAUAUCGAACAGUGUGACAACAGUAAUGUUCGGAACCAGUUGUGUACCGUAGAAUUAAACGGUUAUCAUCAAUACUUACAAAAUGUUAUUAUAAUUGAACCAAAAUGUUGAAACAUAUCAAAAUGCUGUCACCAACACAAAUACUAAUGAUCGUGUCAUUUCUGGAUAUGUUUAGCGUCGGCUUGAUAAUUCCUCAGCUACACCAACAAGCAUUGUUAUUAGGCUGUAGUCAUGUGCUUAUUGGCAUCAUGGGUGCAGUAUAUUCAGCUUCUCAGCUCAUUUCUGGGCCCAUAAUCGGAAAUCUAAGCGACUUAAAGGGCAGGAAACCGGCCCUAUUGUUCACUUUCACUACAUGCGGAGUAGCAUAUUUGUUAUUAGGUAUCACAACGUCGGCGUUAAUAUUCUUUAUAUUGCGAUUCAUUCUUGGUGUCGUCAAACAAACACAAUUAUUGACAAGAUCCAUAGCACCUGAUUAUGUGAAGGAACCUGAACAGCAUUCAGGGUUAUUUGGCAAAAUGUCAACGCUGUCUGGAAUUGGAAUGUCCGUCGGUCCAAUGGUCAGUGGACAUUUGGCAGAAGCCUUUCCUGAUAAUGGAUUCACCAUAAUAGCCUUUGUUGUGGCUGUUAUAUACACUAUUAAUACGUAUCUCAUAAAUAUUUUACCUGACAAUGAGAAAACCAGCAAACUAAGCGAUAAUGAGGAAAACAAAAGGGAGGAGUCCAGUGUUGCACCAAAACUAAUCGACUCUGUAAAGAGAAGCUUUGGAGAAUCCGUCGAUGAUUUGAAAAAAGUCAAUUGGGUUGUAUACUGGGACGUUUUCAUAUACAGGCUCAUUAUUUCCCUAUGUAUGGGGAUGUACUUUAGUAGUUUCGCAGUAUUUUUAAAAACAGAACAUAAUGUAUCGCCGAAAUAUUUAGGUUACAUUAUCGCUUUUAAAGGAGCAAUCUCUUCUUUUUGUACAUACUUCAUUGUUCACAUUAACAGAUUAUACAAAACUGAUAGUAAUGCCACAGAAAGGACUUUCCAUGUCUUUUUAGCUAUAACUGUGGCUUUCUUGGGAAUGGGAUUAGCUAGUACGUUGUAUGUAUAUAUUUUGUUCAUUAUACCGUUAGCUGUAGGUGGAGCGGUAGGUAAAGUGACUAAUUUAGAGAUGAUAGUCAAAAAAGGUAAUGAUGAACAUAGAGGUUCUAUUAUAGGAGCCGCUGGUAGCGUAAGGUCAUUGUCAGGUGUGGUCACACCACUUCUUUCGGGAAUAAUCAGUGAGUACAUGGGCGUUCCGUAUGUGAUAAUCUUUGCUGCUAUAUUUGCUUCUAUCGGUGUUGGAAUAAGUUACAAGAUUAGAACUUCGUUAGUGCCAGAUAAACAUAAAAACGAUUAAUUAUAUCAUAAAAUUUAUUAGAUAUUUAAUAUAAGAGUGAAAAAAUCUGUGAUAUGCUUUCAGUUAUUGUUGAAAUAAAGAUUUUUGU